AUACCAUCUCCACCGUCACAUUCCAAUACCUCAGCGCUCCUGCAUAUCAUACUACACCUCAAUCCUGUCCUAACAAAAAGAAUGCUUCAUUCAUCUACAUGUCAUUACCAUCUACGUUUUUUUCCCUCCCUUCCCAGUCAAACCACCCCCUUAUACCAAUUACCUUUUUUAUUAUCCUCAUACUCAUAA